CAUACAACCAAAACUCACACAUUGUUCUUCUUCUCCUCUCCAUAUUCGAACCAAAAUUGUAGAAUCCGUAAAAUGUUUUCUUCCAUGGCGUUUCCGGUUAAUGGGUUUCCCUUUAAACUUCCUAAACAUAACCUUGUUGUCUUGAGGAGCAGAGUAUUGUUCGGUUCUGCAGAAAGCUUCUCCUUGUCAAGGCUCUUCAAGUCUUCUUCUUACAGGAUCAGAGUGAGAAGUUUUGAGAAAGAUAAUAUCGGCAAUAAUGACUCUGAAAAGUCUCAAGAUAGUGAAGAGGAGAAACCAAACGUCGAUGUUAUACUUAAAACUGAAAACGCAAUAGUUUCUGAAAAGAAGAGUGCCCCAUUCAUAGCAAAGUUAGGUGUAGGGUUAGCCUUGGCUCUGACCAUUACAGUAAUAUGUGUAACUUUGAAAGGCUCUGGUGGUUCAGCUUUUGAGGUUAAGAGUCUGGCCAAAGCUUCAUCAUCUUCAGAAGGCUUUACUUUCAAUGCUUUUGGAAACAGAUUCAUAAUUCCAGCGAAUGCGCCGGGAUGGGUUUACUUUUGGUUGCUGAUGGCAGCCGGGUUCGGGCUUUUUAUUAGCGAAGAGGCUCUAAACAUAUGGGUUGGGAUAACAUUGGCUCGAAUGUUAACUCUGGAUGGGACAUGGCAAUCGUUUGCUGAGUCUUUCUCUCGGAAUGCUCCUUAUAUAAUGUCUACCAUUUCAUGGGUUUACUGGGGAGUUUGUAUAAGUGAUAUGAUACCGUUUUACCUUGGGAAGCUCUUCAGACAAAGUGGAGGAUCAGAUGAUGUUUGUUCAAAGCUCGGUAUAGGUAAAGAGAAAGCGGUGAGUAUCACUCAGGCCGUCCAAAAAUACGGAAACCUGUCAGGUUUUGUGGAAAGAUUUUCUCUCGGAGUGAGGAAUCCUACAGCAUUCUUGGCCGGAGCUCUUGGAAUAUCUCCAGAAUGUUUCUUUGCAGGAGUUUGUUGCGGCGGCUUGAUUACUCUUCCAAUUCAGCUUGUGAUUGGGUUUCUCCUUAGAGAACGCCCCAUGUUUGCUGUUGCAACAGUAGCAACUGCAGUGGGAAUAUGGACAAUCUUCCCGUAUAUUGCGGCUGCAUCCACGGCUUUGUUCCUCUACAUUCGCAGUCGCUACUCCACCUAAGAUUGGCUCUUCUUGUUAUUCAAUAUAGAUAGAUAGAAAGAUGUGAGAUCUUAUCAAAAGUGCAGAAUAUACACUACUCAAUAACAAAAACAAAUUACUGAUAUUAUAAUGUCGCAUUAUAUUCAAAGAAGAUUCACUUAAUGAA